GUCUUAUCCUGCCCCUCCGUGCUUACUACUUCUGCCACUCCUCCCCUUCUUCUUUUUUCUCUUCUUAACCUUCUUCUCUUUCACCUCCUCAACCUUUCUCCCUCUUCUUCCCCUAUUCAUUCCCAUCCUCGUACUCCUUUGACAUUAUACCCCUCCAUCAUCAUCACAGCUGUCUCUUUACUCCUACAAAAUGGCCGCUCCCGCUUCCAAGUUCAAGGUCGCCGACCUGUCCCUUGCCGCCUUCGGCCGCAAGGAGAUUGAGUUGGCCGAGAACGAGAUGCCUGGUCUGAUGUCCAUCCGCCAGAAGUACGCCAAUGACCAGCCCCUCGCCGGCGCUCGCAUUGCUGGUUGCCUGCACAUGACCAUCCAGACUGCCGUUCUGAUCGAGACUUUGACCUCUCUCGGUGCCGAAGUCACUUGGACCUCUUGCAACAUCUUCUCCACACAAGAUCACGCCGCUGCCGCCAUUGCUGCCGCUGGUGUCCCCGUCUUUGCCUGGAAGGGCGAGACUGAGGAGGAGUACAACUGGUGUCUUGAACAGCAGCUACUCGCUUUCAAGGAUGGCAAGAAACUCAACCUGAUCCUCGACGACGGUGGUGACUUGACUGCCCUCGUUCAUAACAAGUACCCCGAGAUGCUCAAGGACUGCUAUGGUGUCUCUGAGGAGACCACCACUGGUGUUCACCACCUUUACCGUAUGAUGAAGGAGGGUAAGCUCCUCGUCCCCGCCAUCAACGUCAACGACAGUGUCACCAAGAGCAAGUUCGACAACCUCUACGGUUGCCGCGAGUCUCUGAUCGACGGUAUCAAGCGCGCCACCGAUGUCAUGAUUGCUGGCAAGAUUGCCGUCGUUGCCGGCUUCGGUGAUGUCGGUAAGGGAUGCGCAUUGGCUCUCCAGGGAAUGGGUGCCCGCGUCCUCAUUACUGAGGUUGACCCCAUCAACGCUCUUCAGGCUGCUAUGGCUGGCUUCCAGGUUACCACCAUGGAGAAGGCUGCUCCUCAAGCUCAAAUCUUUGUCACCACGACUGGUUGCCGUGACAUUCUUGUUGCACAUCAUUUCGAAGCUAUGCCCAACGAUGCUAUCGUUUGCAACAUUGGCCACUUCGACAUUGAGAUCGACGUCGCUUGGUUGAAAGCCAACGCCAAGAGCGUCCAGAACAUCAAGCCCCAGGUUGACCGCUUCCUCAUGCCCAGUGGCCGCCAUAUCAUUCUCCUGGCUGAGGGUCGUCUUGUUAACCUCGGCUGUGCUACUGGCCACUCGUCUUUCGUCAUGUCCUGCUCUUUCAGCAACCAAGUCCUUGCUCAGAUCAUGUUGUACAAGGCUGAGGAUGCUGCCUUCGGCAAGAAGUAUGUGGCUUUCGCCAAGACCGAGAAGCUUCCCGUCGGUGUCUACGUUCUCCCUAAGAUCCUCGAUGAGGAAGUGGCUGCCCUUCACUUGGCUCACGUCAACGCCGAGCUCACCAAGCUCACUUCCGUCCAGGCUGAGUACCUCAGCUUGCCCAUUGAGGGUCCUUUCAAGGCUGACCACUACCGAUACUAAACUAAUUGUACAUAAUAAUUUGUUGCAUCCCGCCUUUACCGGGUUCGCAUGGGUGUUUUCUGUUUCAACAAGCAUGAGUAUGAGGCAUCAACUGGCGUGGGUAUCAUAAAUUGGGACUGGAGGGUUAAAAAGGUUACAAGGGGCCGGCCGGUCAUACUUUUCAACAAAAGGCGUUGGCUAUUAUAAUGCAUGAUUCCCCUCAGCGUUUGAUAUUUUCUGUAGACACAGAAGAUUUGUGUCGCCAGAUACCGACAGCUACGGAGAGAGCUGUAUGGAGCUCCGUCAACCGGAUCUCAAUAGAUUUGUAGAAGCUACCUUGCUUCAACAACAAAUGAUACAAACUUCGUGUUAUGACGGACAUACUGAAUAUUCUUUUUAUCUUCUCUUGUUAUCAGUGUCCUAAGCCCAAUAUCAUCCAUCAGUGUCACGGUAUCUUGCCAUACAUAGCAAUACAUAGCGUGGGCGAGGAUAAAUUCAGCGUAAUGUCUGAUGAAACAUACUGCUAGGCAGAUAUCCUACACACUUGGUAUACCAACAGACUAAAUCUCUAUUCGUGGCCAUACACUCAUCUCACGGCAUAUUAUCUAAUAAUAAACUCUUACACCAAGAUCUAGCCUCUUGAGACUCAAAACAUACUGCCCACUGAUCUCCUACUUCAUAGUCGAUUUCUUUUCUAAGAUUUUUAUCCAUCUCCUUGUUCUCGCCAUUUCAGUGGGAGUCUCACGGGGAAGUAACUGAGGG